AGAAAUAGAAAGAGAGAAAGAUAGUUUUAGAGAGAAACAAUGGCGUUUCUUCUGUCAUCUUCCGUGUUUAGCUUAGCAUUCAUGGUGCUGUUCUUGAUAGUGCUGUUUUCUUGCUGGAUUUUGCCAGUUUUGGCGCAUCAUAAAGCUAAGAAAAAUGGGCUUAAAGGGCCAACGCCAAAUUUUCCAUUUGGGAAUAUCAGUGAGAUGAAGAAUAAGAAGACGAAGAGUGAUGAUUCUUCAUCACUUGGGUCGUCUUCUUCAACAAUCUCCCAUGAUAUACACUCGGUUCUCUUUCCUUACUUUGCUCGGUGGCAACGGUCUUAUGGCAAAGUGUUCAUCUACUGGCUGGGGAUAGAGCCAUUUUUACGCAUUGCAGAUCCAGAGUUUCUUAAGAAAUUGUCUUCAGGCGUUAUGGGGAAGAGCUGGGGAAAACCAAAUGUGUUUAAAUAUGACAGAAAACCCAUCUUUGGUGAUGGGUUAGUAAUGGUUGAAGGUGAUGAAUGGGUUCGUCUUCGGCAUGUAAUCACGCCUGCAUUCUCUUCUUCCAACUUGAAGGCUAUGGCAAGUUUAAUGGUGGAGUCCACCAAUAAAAUGCUAGACAAGUGGAAUAGUCUCACAAAUUCUGGCAACCCAGAAAUCGACGUGGAGAAAGAAAUUAUAGCGACGGCCGGUGAAAUCAUUGCGAAAACCAGCUUCGGUGUAAGCUACGAAAAUGGAAGAGAAGUAUUAAAAAAAUUAACCGACAUGCAAGUUGCACUUUUCAAGUACAACCGUUAUGUGGGUGUCCCUUUCAGCAGCUUCAUGACUAGGCAGAAUUUUGAAGCCAUAACACUUGGAAAAGAAGUGGACAGUCUCCUUCAAUCGAUCAUUGCAGCCCGAAAGAAAGCCGCCGGUAACGGGCGUCCUUCGAAGGACUUGCUGGGGCUGUUGCUGGAAGCGAACGAUGUGGAUGAUCGGAAAGGGAAAAGAUUAACGGAAAGAGAAUUGAUCGAUCAGUGCAAAACUUUCUUCUUUGGUGGGCAAGAAACGACGGCUCUGGCAUUGUCGUGGACUUUGAUGCUUUUGGCUAUGAAUCCAGAGUGGCAAAACCAGUUGAGAGAGGAGAUAAGAGAAGUGAUUGGUGAUAAAGAAAUCGAUUUCCAAAUACUUGCUGGACUAAAGAAGAUGGGAUGGGUGAUGAACGAAGUUCUACGGCUAUAUUCGCCGGCGCCAAAUGCGCAAAGGCAAACGCGCGAAGAUAUCAAAGUCGAUGACGUGGUGGUUCCUAAAGGGACCAAUUUGUGGAUUGACUUGGUGGCCAUGCACCACGAUCCUGAUUUGUGGGGUGACGACGUGAAUGAGUUUCGGCCAGAAAGGUUUGGGGACGAUCCUUUAUACGGCGGAUGUAAACACAAGAUGGGAUUUUUGCCGUUUGGUUUUGGGGGAAGAAUGUGUGUUGCUCGGAACAUGGCGAUGAUGGAGUAUAAGGUUGUUUUAACAAAAAUUCUGUCUAGGUUUUCUGUGAGGCUUUCUCCAAAUUAUCGCCAUGCUCCUUCCAUUGUGCUGUCCCUCCGGCCAACCCGUGGCUUGCCCCUCAUAGUUGAACCACUGUAAUCAGCUCAGCACUGGGUUUUCAGUAACCACAAACUUUUAUAUUUCAUUCUGCCUGCUUCGUUAUAGCACCCUACACAAUUCUGAAGCGUGUGGAAAGUUCUAGGUGAAUUAAUCUAUGGCCCAUGAUUUAAUUAUUGUACGUACACAGUUAAGGAAUUGUAAAGUUAUUGUACUUUUUUCUUUUCAUAAUUUUACAAUCUCUCUUCAAUCAUGGCCCUUGUUCAUUAGGGUUUCCCUUAUCCUUUUGGACAGUUUCAUGUGUGAUUUACAGUGUAAUGUUUUUCAUGUCUUUUC